CACACACGACAUCCCAUCCCGGGGGCGUGUCUAACAGAAAUCCCCAGCCAAGAGCAGAUGUAGCUGCAGCUCUGCGAUCUGCGAGAGGGAGACACAGGGAGGGAGGAAGAGUUUGAACACACUGCAGAGGGAGUGCAGCUAUGGGGAACGCACAGGAGAAGCCUCCGGGCAGCGGAGCAGGUGGAGGUAGGUCGGAUCAGGCCACAGGAGGGAGCGGGACGAGAAGCCGGGGUGGAGGCUACAUGGAAAAGCCCCAGACUCCCGGAGCUUCGGAGAAGGGGGUGGCCAAUGGCAGGCAAAACAGCCCUGCUGGUGGACAAGAGGAGCAGGGAAGCCCUGCAGUGGACACAAGUUACCUGGACGCCCCUGCUGGGGCCCUUCCUCCUCACCUGGCCCGGCUCAAGAAUGAAGGGAACCACCUCUUCAAACAUGGCCAGUUUGGAGACGCCUUGGAGAAGUACACACAGGCCAUUGAUGGAUGUGCUGAAGCAGGCGUCGAUAGUUCCGAAGACCUGUGUAUUCUCUACUCCAACAGAGCGGCCUGUUACCUGAAGGAUGGCAGCAGCACAGACUGCAUACAGGACUGCACCAAGGCUUUGGAGCUGCAGCCGUACUCCUUGAAGCCCCUCCUGCGCAGAGCGAUGGCCUAUGAGUCACUGGAGCGCUACAGAAAGGCCUACGUGGAUUUUAAGACCGUCCUGCAGAUAGACACCGGGGUACAGGCGGCUCAUGACAGCGUCCACAGGAUUACCAAGAUGCUCAUUGAACAGGACGGACCUGGGUGGAGGGAAAAACUUCCAGAGAUUCCCGUCGUCCCUCUGUCUGUCCAGCAGCAACACAGAGACAAACCGGUCAGCGCUGAAGUGGCUCAAGCCCGAGCUGCCAGGGCUGCACAGGAAGAAGCCAGAAGAAAAGAGGCCAGCUAUACUUUACUGAAGCGGGAAGGCAACGAUCUGGUGAAGAAAGGUCAAUUCCAGGAGGCUCAGCAGAAAUACAGUGAAUGUCUCACCAUAAAACCAGAGGAAUGUGCUCUCUACACGAACAGAGCCAUUUGCUUCCUGAAACUGAAUCUGUUUGAAGAGGCUAAACAGGACUGUGACUCUGCACUGCAGCUCGAGCCGGGCAACAAGAAAGCCUUCUACAGACGAGCUCUGGCUCAUAAAGGCUUACAGGACUACCUGUCGGCCAGCAGUGACCUCCAGGAAGUCCUCCAGCUGGAUCCGAACGUUCGGGAGGCUGAGCAGGAGCUUGAGGUGGUGACGGUCCUGCUGAGACAGAGCCUGUUGGACAACACUGCACACACACCACGGGUUUGAUGUUUGUUUGAAGAACAAUGUGGAAGAGGAAUGAAACAGGUGUGGACACAGGUGUACUGUUCUGUCGCAGAUAUGGAGGAAAAGAACUUUUAAAGCCAUCAGCUGUAGUAAGUACUUGAAAAACGAAAGGCGUUAACUCCUGGGACUCCUGCCUCCUCGGACGACCAGUUCUCUUUCAGCUCUGCACCAUCUGCAACGUGUGCAAACCACACCAUAACUCCUGAGUACACAACCUUACAUAAUGGCAGCUUUAUUUUAAAAAAGGCUAAUGUCAAGGUACUCAUGACCCGCUUGUACUAUAAAUCAUUCACAUUAUGAUGUAAUGUACUGUAUAUACAGAUUUGUGUGACAGGCUGCAGAGCUCUGUCAGAAUGGUGGAGUAACACGGGGAAAGUCUGAGUGUAUUAUGUGUGCCUUAUUGAGAUUUCUACCACAGUUAGGAUGAAACACGCCAAGAUUAAACGUUUUAUUUUAAUUUGUGUUUGGUUCUAAAAUGGUUCACUGAGCUCAUGACACAACUGAUUCAACUCAACUGAACUGUAUGUAGACAUGAGGGGUUCAAGGUCCAAGUCUAUUCUUUAUGUAUUCAUCUGUUCCAGCUAAUUCAAGACACGUAUCAUUGUUUACAUGUGUUCUCAUUACAGCUGCUACUAAAAAAGAAGCCAACAACUUAACACGAAACACUUCUCUCUAAAGUUAAGCGUUACCACCUAACCAUGAUUUAAAGGUCCGGUGUGUAAGAUUUGUGUGGAUCUACUGGCAGCACAUGGCAUAAAUAUAAAAUAAUAACCACCUAAGAAUGAGAAUCGUGCUCUUGUUACCUUCAAAUGAGCCUUUUAUAUCCACAGAGGGAGCAGGUCCUCCUCCACCGAGUGCACCAUGUUGAACCGCCAUGUUUCUACAGUAGUCCAGAAGAGACAAACUAAACACUGGCUAAAUGCCUUUUGUAGUUUUUACACAAUUUGAGGCCACGCAUAAUUUUAGGGAGAGGGUGAAGCGAGUAGUAUUCAGUUGGACGUGAUCUGCAAUGCAACCUCACUGUUAGAUGCCACUAAAUCCUACAUACUGGACCUUUUAAAAUGGUAAAAAAAAUAUAUUGAUUUACCAUAGUUAAAAUAUCCAAAAGAUCCUGAGCUCAGCGUUUAAGUCAUUAUUAAUUAUCAGUCACUUUAGUGACUUUAGGGUUGAGGGUUGGUGUAGUAAACAUCCGGCUACUGUAUUAGCAUUCUAGGUGACUAAAUCAUGUACUGUAAGACUUAUAGUAGGUCUCAGGUUCAAUCUUGAAUGUACCCAAGAUGACUGUGUCUUUGUGCGUGAAUAGGUGCACAGUAUUUACAUUUGGAAAGUCUCUGAUUAUUUUUGAAUGCAUCCUUAGUGACUUUUUCCAUAACUGAGAACCUUCCCUGCUGCUGCAACAAGGAACUAGUCUAGGAUGUUGGUUUCAUUUUCUGUUCAUAGAAUCCCUCGCAGCCACCGUUCAAACAAACAAAUGUACUUGGUGUUAAAGAAAAGUAAUCUGCUGGGUGACAGUCGUUAUGACCCCAGACACUUCAGUCUCUUAAGCAUUAAUUAGGACACAGCACCUUAAGAAAACAACCAUUAAAUAUCUCUUACGUCAGUCUGAAUAAACUGUAGAAACGUAUCUUGUUCACACAGUCAGACAACAUGAAACUCCUCGUUAUUUGGCAGGCAAGAUGAAUAUUCUCAGCUGAGGUCUAUUAAGGUCAACUAGCUUUUUGUCUACCUUCAGACUGGUUUAAAAAUUCCAUGAGAUCUAUGAGUCUAUGUCCACAUUUUUAAAACCAUACACGGUCCACGUGCACAGAUGUUUCCACUUCAUUUGUCCAAUUAGGGCUUCCCUCCGGUCUGUGUGGAUGUGUGCAGACAAACCUCGAUUCAUGGAUAACCGUUUGCAUCUUCACACCCGUUUGCAACAAAUUAGGAGAGAUCUAAUGAGCCAAAAUAAAUGAAAACACCUGUGUGUGUGUGCACAGCCUUUAGGUAUCGUUCUUUUAAAUCAGCCCUAUAAUGCACAAGAAUGUACAUCUCUGUAUAGCACAAUGUGCCACAACCUUAACUUCAUUCAUAUUUUAAGGUAUUUAUGUAUUAACACACUUUGUCCAAUCUCCGAUUACCCAUUUUUGUUGCUUCUAUCAUCUAAAAAUCAUAAAGAAAAUCUCAACUAAAUGAAAACACUCAUGAGGCUUGAAGUGUUGCUUCAUGGAAUGUAAAGAGCAUGUACUGUAUGUAAAUAGUUUGAAUGCAAAUGUAAAUAAUAAACUGCUAUGUGGAUGCUUUCAUGAGUCUCUGUGUGAAGUGUGUGUGAGUGCACGACAGGAAACCAUCACUUCAUGUGAAAAUAUACAGACGACAAGUUUGAUUGAGAGUUUUAUUGUGUAAGGAUAUGCAUUUACAUGCACAUUAUAAAGUAAAUAAUUAGGGAAUAUAUACUUUUUUCAAAUAGCAUAAGCUUCUUCUGACCAAGUUAGAAAACAGACCAGGCACUAGUCUUCAAAUAAUAAUAUAAAACUCACAGGAAUUUAACAGGCGUUAGGAGAGGGAACAUAAACAGGGUGGGAAUAUCCUGCAGCUAGAGGCUUUUGAGGCGCACCGAAAUUCUUUCAGUCAACACUGCAGCUCCUCUAACUCUUUACUCCCAGACGGCUCACGCUGAGCUCGGCUGGUCAACAUCCCAACAGAGUAAUCUGCGGUCAGGCUGAAAAUUCAUAGCAGCUGCUGAACACAACAUGCAAUGCUCAAAAUGCUCAUCGCUUUGAUGAACAGGUCUUUAUUGCCAACGGGAGCGACGACAAAAAGGUGAACUGGCUUUGGCUACUUCAGGGGAAACUUUUUCAAAAUUUAACUCCCAAAAAAUUACUUAAAAACAAAAAAGACAUUUUGGUCUUCAGAUACAAACUACCGCCCUAAAAUCAGACUUAAUCCACAGUUUUCUAAUCUGCAGACGCCAGUUUUCAACCUCGCAGACUGAACUCCAGAUUUCUAAAAAGGAAAUCAUUCAGGUAUCAUUACAUCUAUUAGUGGUUCUGUCAAGGGUUGUAGUCUAAACUGUGGUGGCCUGAGAGCAGUCUUUGGUACUCUAAAUAAGCUAGUGUGACAGCUAGCAUUAGCACUCGGGGGAGGGUAUUUUCCAUCAGCGUUUGUGCAAUCUGUGAGGCAAGUAGAACUCAUUCUCUCGUGACUUUUAUGUUUAUCAUUUGAAGACAUACAGAACAAGGAAAUAAAAAAUAAAAUCACUAUACAAAGGAUUUUUCCCCUCAAAAGGCACUGUGGGUCCAACAAAUAUAAAAUUAUCUGCAUUAAUCAUCUGCAAGGAUUUAAGAAAACAAAACAGUUCAAAUACACCAAAAGCUCUGAAUCAAAAAUUUGAUUUUGAUUUGGAUAUUACUGAGGGAGGAUCAAAACUUGACUCCUGUAUCGCCAUAAAUUCACUGACGUGAUGUGUGUGCUCAAAUACACGUGGAGUCUCAUUGCACCUUUGAGUAUAGUGAGCUGUAAGAGCUUCUUAUUGCAAAUACACUGCUUGUUUGGUUGACUUUACAGUUUUAGUGACUGAAUACUAAAACAAACCAGAGAAAUGCUACAUGCUCCCUUUCUUUAAUAUACCUUGCAUAAUUCCAUGAUAAACUUGGCGUGAAGGUGAAUUGAUGCAAGAUGACAACUGUCUCAAAUCCACAUUCAAAAAAAAAAA